AUGUCUUCGAUUUUAUCAUCAUCAACCAUCAUCUCCUCAGCCACGGCAACCUUUCCAACCGCCAUCCCCACAGGUACCAUAUCCGCACUCAUUGGUCACCCUCCCAAUACCACCAAUGACUACUACAUAGUCGCAUACCUCAACAAUGCCUUUGGCCGAAAAAUCUCUCCAAUGAAGGGAAUUACAAUCCCCCCUUUAUCACCACCAGAUUAUGUCUUCGAGUCCCGCUCCACCUCACUCCUAAUCGCCAUGUCCGUAUCCAUUUUCUUCAUGUUCAGCUUCACAGUCCUCCGUCUACUUAUCCGUCUCCUAAAUCGCGGUUUAGUACUAGGUCUCGACGAUCUCUUUAUAGUUCCCGGCGUGAUCCUCGCUAUGACUUGGCCCAUAUUACAGAUCCUAGCAGUCGUAUAUGGAGGCGCCGGAAAACAUAUUUGGGAUGUCACGUAUGAGGAAUAUGGAUAUUUUAAAAGAUAUACGAAUUUAUCCAAGACGUUCUUUUUCGUGUCCGCAGGAGUUGUGAAAAUUUCGAUUUGUCUUUUUAAUCGCAGACUUACUGCUAUGACGACGAGACGUUGGUUGUGGUUUAAUAAUGCCUUUUUGGUGGUUCUGGUUGUUUUUAUCUUGGUGUCCCUCUUCUGGACUAUCUUUUCGUGUAAUCCUGUAUGGGGCGGUUGGGAUGCUAUAAGAUUAGGAAGAGAAGGGGUUGUGGCUAAGUGUUUUCCGGUCAGUACUUUAGGGUCGGUUCUCAGUACGGUUCAUGUAGUUACGGAUUUUGGACUUCUGGCUGUCCCGCUCAUUGUACUGUGGAAAGUGAAGAUGGGUUGGAGGACAAGAGGGAGAUUGUAUGUUGUUUUUGCUGUGGGGGGAGCUAGUAUGAUUGGGAGUAUUUUGAGACAGAUUAAGCAGGCGGAAUUGGAAUCGGAUGUAUUGUGGUCCUUCAAAUCUCUAGUAGAUUGGACACUAGUCGAUCUGACUCUUGGCGUGAUCGCCGCCUCCCUCCCCGUCCUCUCAGCCAUCAUCCCAGCAAAAUGGAAAUCAAUGCAUACCUCCUCCUCCUACAAGUUUCCCUCCAACCACCGCUCGCAUCCUCUAUCCAAUGCAGAAAAUUUCCCACGCUCGAAAUUUACAGGGAAAAAUGGAAGAGAUAUAAUGGGUGGUCGCAGUGGAAGAAACAAAGGAAUUAAAAGUACACCGAGCGGUACUUUUGGAGAAAGCGAGGAAAAUAUCGUAAGGACGGAUGUUAUUGAGUUGAGUUAUCGGAGUAAAGUUGAUGUGGAUCAGAAAAAUGAUGAAGAAGGAGAAGAAGAGAAUGUGGGGAAGGAAGAGGGGAAUGGGGAAGGGAGUUCGGUGGGGAGUUCGGUGGGGAAGAUUAAGAGGAGUUUUUCGAGGAAGAGGAAUAGAGGGGAUUCGGUGGAGAGGGGCUUGGAUAAAGAUAGUGAUGCAUGGGGAGCAGGACAGUACGUCCGUCUCCGAAGAAAUAUGAAUCGUUUAUCACUUUUUUUUUCUCGUAUGGUGAUGUUUGUGCCUGUGAGCGUUAAGAUGAGAAGAAAGCCAUGGGUAUUUAGUGUAAAAUCAUUCAUCGGAGUAAUGUAUGCAUGA